UGCAAUCGAUUGCAUGCUUCCGAGCCUCAGUGACACUUUCCCAAAUUGAUCUUCUAUUUUGUGCCUCAAGCGAUUCCCAUUGUAUUCGAUGGUCCUUUGUCCAGGGUGUGGUGAGGUCCUCGCGUGUUCGUUUGGUGGACUGUUUUCAUUCGACGCCGACCUCGACUUCGCAUCCAUUUGCCAUCACUCAUUAACACAACUGGAACCCGUCUUCAUCUCUAAAGCGAUGUCCUUGCACAUUGACACAUGAUCUUGCGAUAAGAUGGAAGGCGCCGCGAAGUUCUAUCAUCCGUACGAGCCGUACGACAUCCAGCUUGAAUUUAUGCGGACAUUGUAUGAAUGCAUUGAUCAAGGCAAAAUCGGCAUCUUCGAGUCUCCGACUGGAACUGGCAAAUCUUUGAGUCUAGCAUGUGGUUCCUUGACAUGGCUUCGAGACCACAAGAGAAAAGAAUUCGAUGAAAGCAUUGCUGCCAUUGAAGGAGACGAUGACGAGCCCGAAUGGAUGGUCCAACACUCUCGAGAAGAGAAGAAAAGUCAAGUCAUACAGAAACGAGCAGAGCUAGAAGCAAAACUCGAGAAGAUCCGCCAACACGAACGCAAAGUUCGAAAUCGACAGGAAAACGGACCUACAUUGACCAAAAAGCGGAAACUGGAUGAUGACAGCGGCAAAGAUGUCGAUAUUGUGGAUGAAGAGCAAUUCGCCCUCGACGACUACGAGAGCGAUGAUGAAGGCACCAAGAGUUCCAAAGCCAACAAUUGGGACGCUGACCUGGGAUUGUCAAAGGAGACACAAGCGCUUAUGCAGAAACUCGGAUAUGGUCUUUCGGCCCUGUCGAAACCAGAAGAUCUUGAAGCAGAAGAUGAACUGAAGAUUUACUUCUGCUCUCGCACUCACUCGCAAUUGAGUCAGUUUGUUAACGAACUGAAGAGGAUAGAUCUACCAGCCGCUAUACCUGCUGUGCAGGAGGAAAUCAAGAAGAAAGAUAAGCUUCACGAGGAGCUCAAGCAUCUCUCCUUGGGCGCGAGAAAGAACCUUUGCAUCAACAGUAGAGUUUCUUCGUUGAAGAGUGCAACAGCAAUCAACGAGCGAUGCUUGGAAUUGCAAGAUGCAAAGACGCCAAAAGAGAAAAAGUGUCCAUUCGUGCCAAACAAAGAGAGCGAAGGCACGGUACUCGAUUUCCAGCAUCAUGCUUUGGCAAAAAUACGAGAUAUUGAGGACUUGGGCAGUUUGGGCAAGAAGUUGGGUGUCUGUCCCUAUUAUGCCACUAGACCUGCAGUCAAGCCUAGCGAGAUUGUCACACUACCAUAUCCACUUCUACUCCAAAAGACGGCACGAGAAGCACUAGGUCUAUCGCUCAAGGACCAUAUCGUCAUUAUCGAUGAAGCACACAAUCUCAUGGAUGCAAUCUCUUCCAUCCACACUGUCGAAGUAUCACUGCAACAACUACAACUCGCCCGAGCUCAGUUGACAGCCUACCUCCAACGCUUCCGCAAUCGUCUCAAAGGCAAGAAUCGCGUGUACGUUACACAAGUCGUACGGCUACUAGACUCAAUAGCCAAUUUUCUGUCAACAUUGGACAUCAAGAAAGGAAGCGAAGGCACUGUCCAAACCACCGAACUUCUCAAGGGAAAAGGUGUGGAUCAAAUCAACCUCUACAAACUGAUGCAUUACCUGCAAGAAAGCAAAUUGGCCAGAAAAGUGGAAGGCUAUGUUUCUCUAGAGCAGCAGAAACAGCAGAAUAUCAAUGCUGCGGGUGUUGGGAAAGAAGUCACAGUGCCUGUGCUUACGCAUAUUACAAACUUGUUCAUGGUGUUGACGAAUCCGGCGAGAGAAGGACGUCUGUUCUAUACCGUUGGAGCAGACAAGGCAGAGACGAAGGUCAAGUACAUGUUACUCGAUCCCUCCGAACACUUUCGCGAGAUUGUCGAGGAAGCUAGAGCAGUAAUACUGGCAGGUGGAACCAUGUCACCAAUGUCCGACUACCUGACCCGACUGUUCCCCUAUCUCGAUAACGACCGCAUCACAACCCUAUCCUGCGGCCACGUAAUACCCACCACAAACCUCUUCGUCAGCCCAAUAAUCUCAAGCCACAACAACACCGAUUUCAACUUCACCUUUCCCUCACGAAACUCUCCUUCCACAAUCACAGCAUUAGGAGAAUCAAUCUUACAACUCCUCCCUUCCAUCCCAAACGGCUGCGUAGCUUUCUUCCCCAGCUACUCCUACAUGGACCAAGUCGUCGCCUCGUGGCAAAAGUCCCCCUCUCCCUCCCAACCUUCCCUCUGGACCCGCAUGCAAAAACAAAAGGCUCUUUUCAAAGAAUCACAAGCUACAGGUACAGAAGACGUCCUCACAUCCUACACUUCCGCCGCCAACACGACGCAAAAGGGAGCUUUCCUCCUCGCAGUCCUGAACGGCCGUCUCAGUGAAGGAAUAAACUUUUCCGAUCAUCUGGGUCGGUGUGUCAUGGUCGUCGGUCUACCCUACGCGAACCCGAAUACCGCAGAACAGAAAGCCAAAAUAGCUUAUAUUGAGGAAAAAGCUGUUGCUGCGGGACUACAGGCAAAAGAAGCGGCGAGGGAGUUUGCGGAUAAUAAUUGUAUGAGGUCGGUUAAUCAGGCUAUUGGUAGAGCGGUGAGGCAUAAGGGGGAUUGGAGUGCGAUUUUGUUGUUUGAUGCGAGGUAUGCGCAGAAGAAAAUACAGGGGAAAUUGCCUGGGUGGAUCAGGGCGAGUUUGGGGGAUGGGAUGGGUGCUGGGAGGAAGUUUAGGCAUGUAGAGGUUGGGUUGAAAGCAUUUUAUGCUAGGAAGAAGGCAGAAGGAACCUUGAGCAAUACAUAGAUGUGGAUGAAGAAUAAAAGG